ACGAAACCGUGACGUCUGAGAGUCGGCGUACUCACGUUGAACUUCAUUUGCUGCAAAGUAGCUCUUGAGUGGAAACAACCAAACAAAAAGUAAACUUUAAACACUGUAUUAAAAACUCUGAAUAUGCGCGAUGUGUCAGUCACGCUUUAUUUUGCGCUCAGCAGUUGAGAGAUGAACACGUUUGCUCAUUUUACAAAUUAAACGUUUAAAGUUAAACGUAAAAUAUCCAUCAGACGCGUUUGGUGAAGCUGAAUGACUUCUCUGCAGACGACAUCCAGGUCAGUGGCCGAUGAGGAAGUAGCGGUCUGACUGAGACACACUGAGCUCGUGAAGGUUUGUUUAUAACAGCUAGAACACAUUGACCAGCACAAAGACUGGCUGUAACCAUCCCAUAAGACCCAUCGCCAUGACAACCUCAGCACCAAUCAGAUUCCGUGUCUUCUCUCUCAACUGCUGGGGGAUCCGAUACCUCAGUAAGAACUGCAAAGAGCGGUUUGUUCUGAUCGGAGACCUGCUGAGUCAGGAACAGCUUGAUAUAGUGUUACUACAGGAGGUCUGGUGUGAGAAAGACUUUCUGUUUUUAAAGAAGAAGCUUAGCAGCGUCUAUCCGUACUCCCAUUACUUUAAAAGUGGAUUUAUAGGGAGCGGACUGGCCGUGUUUUCCAGACAUCGAAUCCAUGAUGCCUUUCUGUACAGAUACUCAUUAAAUGGAUAUCCAUAUAUGGCUCAACAUGGCGACUGGUUUGGUGGUAAAGCCGUCGGGAAGGUCUUGCUCAACAUCCGUGGGCUGAAGGUUCAUAUAUUUAUCACUCAUCUGCAUGCAGAAUAUUGCAGAGAGAAAGACUCGUAUCUCCCGCACCGAGUGGUUCAAGCCUGGGAGCUGCAACAGUUCAUAAGGCACACUAGUGCUGGAGCGGACGUGGUGAUUCUGGGUGGAGAUCUGAACAUGCACCCAGACGAUCUCGGCACCAGACUGCUGAGAAACUACACAGGACUUCAGGACAGCUUCAGUGAGACGGCGAACUUUGAUGGAUGUGAGGAGGGACACACUCAUAUAUCUGAAAACCCAUUCACAAACACAGAUGGGCUUGUUCCAUUUGGAGGAGGAGUCCGGAUAGACUACAUCCUGUUCAAGGGAUCAGGGGAAGUGGAUGUGAGCUGUGAGUCUUUGUCCACCACUAAGGGCCCUGUUCCUGGACAUCCCUUCCCUUACUCUGACCACGAGGCUCUCACGGCCGAGUUCCUGUUUACACUGACUACAAAGGGAAAUGGGUGCUCAAAGAGGCAAUCUGGCUGUGUUUCAGAUAAGCUUCCUGAGCUGGUCAACACCGUCAAUGAAGCUCGUACUGAAAUAAAGGUGGGUCUCCACUGCGCUGAGCGCAUGCGCCACACAGCAGCGCGUACAGGCAUUAUGGGUCUUGUCCUGUUAGUGCUUGAGCUAGCAAUCGCCGCUGUCCCAUUGUUUGCUCUGGGAACUGAACAGCCCUUUCCCAAAGCCUCUUUCUAUCUGCUGGGGGCACUGUGCUUUGCCGUCCUCCUCUCCACACUGAUGCUGUACGUCUUCUACAGCAUGGAGGUGAAGGCACUGCAAGGCACUGAGGACCAGAUGAGACUGGCACUAAGUAGCUUUCAAGAACAGCUUAAGGAGUCCUCCAAGGUUUUAUCCUCGGACCAUUUGUGAAAGCCACUAGACUGCAAGGGUUCCAUUCAUUUGUAGCCAGAUAGUUCAACCAAAUGUGACAUUUGAAUGGAAUUAACUUUUUAUAGAAUUAUGAAAAUCACUAUUUUAUCAUGUCUUAACUGAACACUUGCCUGGUUUUAUUAACUAUGCAGCUUUUUCAUCGAUAUUGAGGGAUACUUAUACCUGGGAGCAAAGAAACCAGAAAAUUAGACAAUAAGUUAGUAAAAUCAUUACUUGCAUGACAGAUCUACUUCACUUUACUUAAUUAUUUCAUAAUGGUUCUCAA